AGGAUAGACUACCGUCUAUUCGACACCAUGGAAUACUCGAAUGCAAACCGAAACAGCAAGAAAAGAGCUCAAAAUUCAAUUAGUUCAUACAAGCUCUUGAAGAAGAUAUUGAAUAUUGGGAUUAGGUUUAGCGCUUAACUAAAGUUAUCAUGCGAUUCCGUUCUUAGAGAAAUGAAAUACUUACCUGAAAGAGUUAUUUUGUCUCUGGUUUUGUGUCUUGGAACAAUCAACAUGCUGGCUCAAAGAGUAAAUUUAAGCAUAGCAAUCUUAUGCAUGACAAGUCGCUGCACUAUACGUGAUAACAACAGUACAAGUAAUAAAUAUCCUAUUCGAGUUGUUCAGAAUUCAUCUGGUUGUAGUAUAGAGUCAUUCAAUGAAACAAAGAAACCCUUCACAGAUCCUAUAUUUUAUGAUGGAGUAGGAUUCAGCAUGUUUUUCUUACACUCGAGUACUGUGAUAGAUGGCCCGUUUGACUGGGAUCGCUCAAAUUGGGGAGUUCUUCUGGGAGUUAUUUUCUGGGGUUAUUUUCUUGGGCAGAUACCUGCAGGCAUCCUUAUUCAAAAGUUCAGCGUUCGCUCAGUCCUGCUUACAUCCCUAAUUCUUAUGAGCACAUCAACAAUACUUGUUCCAGUGGUAGCGAUAAGGUCUCUGUAUUUAUUUUGUGCCGUACGAGUACUUACAGGAUUAACAUCCGCAAGUUGGUUUCCUGGAUUCUAUCAACUUUGGGCUGCUUGGGCACCUCCAAAUGAGCGUGGACUCUUAAUUGGAUUUGCUUAUGCAGGACUUCAUGUAGGUAGUGCUAUUACAAUGCCUAUUACUGGUGCUUUGUGUCAGACAUCAUUGGGAUGGUCACUAGUUUUCUACUUCUAUGGUGCAGUCAGCUUUGUUUAUUGUAUGAUAUGGUUCAUGUUUGUAUAUGAUGAACCUAAAUUAAAUCCAAGAAUAUCUAUGAAAGAAAAGACUUAUUUAGAAUCAACCUGCCCAGUUAUAAUGAAAAACAGCCAAGGAAAGAUCCCAAUAAAAUCCAUUUUGACAUCACUCCCUGUUUGGGCAUUCAUUGUUGUAAAUAUUGGCAUAGAUUGGAAUUUAUAUACAUUUCUAACUAGCGUACCAACGUAUAUGCGUGAAGUGUUGCACUUUGAUUUUCAACAAAAUGCUCUGCUGUCUUCCCUACCAUACAUCGGCAUGUGGAUAGGACAACUAAUAUUUGGUUGGAUAUCCGACAUCCUUUUGACUCGGCGAAUUCUAACUUUGAGUGUUGUUCGUAAACUGAUGAACAGCAUAGGAUGCUGAUGCUUUUAUCUGGAACAGCAAUAAUUCCAAGGCAAUGUAAACCGAUCAAUACAUUGACGCGUAUGCACAAUUAACCACAGAGUUUAAGAUUAACAAUGUUACUUCAUACUUAUUCAAGUACUAAAGUCUUUUCUAUACUUAACGGAAUAUACGUAUUGAGAUGUAAAAAUAAAAAUGUUUGGCCCAGCAAAGAGUUCUCUUUUCGACGAAUUCAUUAUCAAUGCUGCAAAGUCUAUACAUAUUUUUCAAAACGAUAAUAGUGACAAUAAGAUUCCGCUAAAUAUGGCAACAGUGAGAUAGAAUAAAAAGUGGCAUAAAAUCAUUAUUUUUAUUAAAACUAAUAAUAAUAAUUGUGUUGUUGAGAAACUGAAUAAUCAUUAUGAAGAUAGAUUGGGAAAUUACAAUUUGGAAAGAAAGGCUCAGUACGUUAGGAUAAAAUGCUGAAAUUCAGAUGGACCGUAAUCAGAAGGAUCAUGGAAACAGAAACAAAUCACUUGGGAGGGGGAUAGAAGGUCUAUAAAGAAGACAGAAGGGAAGCAGAUGGCCGUGAAGAAAGAAAAGAAUGAAGAAGAAACUACGAGAUUAAGGCCAUGGUAGAAGUAGAAGUUGUAACAGUUUCUUUUGGAUGCAUAAUUCCAGAUGUAAAGCAGUGCUUCGGCAAUGCUAAGAAGAUGGAAUAUAACUGCUUUUGGCAGCUCUCUACUUAUCUUAUAGAUGAUUUUGAAUACAGAAUCUCCUUUGAUUGAAUGAUCUGUGUUAAUAAGGUUUUCGAUUAUUGAACUUCUUAUUGACCCAUUUCCACCUCUUUUCAGCCAAACCGGGUAAUGUUCUUGAAUUAUUUUAGAUAAAAUACACAUCGAAUGACCUAUAUACAUGACUCUACAUGAACAUGUAAAUUGAUAAACGCACAUAGAAUCAAUCUAAUGAAAUAAUUAAUCCUUAGAUUUAUUGUUGAACAUUGAUUGGUUGGAAAAUACUAUUCUCAAAGUUGCUCCAAAAAACGUCUUAUUGAGAGAGUUAAAAUUCUCCUCUUCAAGAUAUCUGUAACAAAUAUCGCCUUUGAAAUCGAUAAUUAUUUGCUAUAACUACGGCGCACUAAUACCUCUCCACUAGUCACUAAACCUCUGUUUCGGAAGAUGUUUUGCAAAUAAAAGAUGUCACAGCUCCCAUAACGAUGACACUGCUUCUGAAAUUCACCAGUUACUACGAACAAAACAGAAUCAUGGUGAAUUUUACGAACUAAUCUAGUCUUCAAACAUUUUGAUAAUACAUAGUACUCCCUAUUGAGUCUAUGAUCAUCUGUUAGUAGAAUUGUGUUUACCAACCGUUGUUAACAACUUCUGCUACAAAUGACCAAACAUCAAGAAACAGUCUAUUAAAGAAAAAGAUAUUCAGAUUUACUAGUAUAGGGGUUGUGGAGA